UCGCAGUGUUUUACACUGAGCACAUCAGUGUUCAACUGGUCCUUAUAAAUGUCUUGAUAUGAUGGUUUGUGUGUGUCUCUUGAGAACAAAAGAGCAUUUUGAGGAGAAAUUACAUUGUUUUGAAGGUAAAAUGUCAUUUUGCAGGAGAAUUGUGGAGUUUUGCCCAUUGUGUAUGUUGUUUUGGAUUUGUGUGUAGAGUUCUGAGAAUAUGAGGCAUGUUUUCAGAAAAUGUGUGUUAACAAUCGAGAAAAACUGUAAUGGCACACCACUAUUUUGAGAAACAAAUGAAUAAAUCCUAAAAUGGAAAUAUUUUUACACUUGUACCAACAUUUUGGCACCCCUUAUGAACAAAGUUUUACUAAACUUUAUUUCCAUUUCUGUUCAACAACUUAAGUUAAUCAGUUUGAAGCAGUAGGCCUAAGUGGGCUAUGACUUCAUGUUUCACUAAGGUAUCAAAAUAGUGUGACACUGAGGUCAAAGGUGGCCCAAAGGGAGCCAGAUUUUAAUGAGUGGAAGGGUAGGGCCUACGCUACAAAUGAAACGUCUGCUUGCUUGAAAAUACCCAUAUUUAUUAUUGAAAACCUUAUUAGACAUUAUUUGAUUAAAACAACUAUUCAAAACAACUGGAACAUGUGAAACGGAGACGGUAAAAAUCAAGACAUUUUGAGAGACAUGCGCAUGCGCGGCGCAGCGUACCACGAGGCCACUUGAAGAUAGAUGAGAGACGUUGAGAAAAGCAAGCAUCUUGGACAAGACCAGAUCGAAGAAGGGUGAUGAUCCAAACCUGUGUGGACCAGAGCGCACUGUUGAGAAGUACGAUUCUGCCAUUGAUCGCCUCCAGACUGAAGAUACAUCAGAAGGAUUGAAGUUCAGAAAUGGCUGAUUCAGAUCAAAACAGCAUAAGAAGUUCCAUUUCUAAGGUGUUGCCAGACCUCCCAGACCCAAUUCUGGACCUUGUGGAGGAGACCCUACAGUCAUUGGGGGUUGAGACCACAGAGGAUUUUCACUUUUUACAGGAGGCUGAUCUUGCAUCUGUUCUACGACCAAUACAAGCGAGAAGAUUGGUUGCUGCAUGGAAACUAACCAUUCAGAGCCCUGAAACCCACAGCCAGUCAGCCAUCAGUCCUUCCGUUUCACCUUUCACCUCUCCUACCUCCACUCGCUCCUCACACUCCCCUUGCCCCUCACCCAGCAAUCGGAUUAGAACUGCAGAUUGGGUUGACAGCUUUCAGAUUCCAUGGGCAAAAUUUCCUGAAGACUUGAUGCAGUGCUUGGAGAGAGGGAAAAGGCCAAGUCCACGUUUACGGCGAGAAAUGAUUCGGAUUAUUGUCUCUGCAAUGAUGAAUGCUUGCACAUCUCCAAGUAAACUAGAGUCUACAGAAGUUGCCAAAAGAAUAGUUGCCAAGUAUCCACAGUCCCUGAAAGACGUCAUAGAAGGUGAGGUAGUGGGAGCUGGAUAUCACUCACUUGUCAAACAGCUACAAGCCCGUAUUGACAAUGUGAAGCGGUCCUCAACACCACGGAUAAAGAGGCGCAAACGAGAAUCCGGUGACUCCGACACAGAUGAAAUCCCAGCUGAGCAGAGGGCGGUUGUUCAGGACACAUAUGGCUGCAUUAAGUGGAAUAUGAAGUUCAUGCCAGUCAGUGAGACAUUGGAAAGCCAACAGGAAAAGAGGGAUAAAAUGAAGAUGCUUCAUGAACAGCGUACCUUCAGUCCAGAAGAGGUCAAAGCUCUCAUGGGGUGCACAUACUACUCCCAACGCAAAGCAAUAAAUACAGGAACAGAUCUCCAAAGCCUGACGGAGGAAUGGCCUUUUUUGUUUGAAGAAAUAGGGAUGACCGUCCAUUUCCUAGAGCUCACAGGAUUACAACUUAAAGAGACCUUUCUCAAUAGUGUAGAAAAAAAGGGAAAACGCCUUUUGAACUUCAUGACAACCGCUUGUGCAGACAAGAGCAAACGCGUCUUUGAGACCGCAACAAAGCUGAAAUUUCAGAGAGGACCGUUGGAGGGCAGCUCCGAUGACAUCAAGGAUAUGGUGUUUCUUCUUCUCUCAUACUUCAACGAAAAAGAGGGGAACCUCUUCUACUACAUCGAGGAGACAUGCCUGGCAAACGAAGUACUCGUGGAAAACUUGCCUGUGACACCUUGCAUCAUUGUAUGUGGAACCUCCUGCUAUGCUGCAAGGCUGUUCAUGCUCAGCAUAGACGGCAAGAUCGUGAAUGACCAAAUCUCCAACUUCAUUACUGCCAUCUGCCUGAUGUUUGGAAGCUACUUCUGCCUGAAUAUCCACUAUCCAGUAGACCUGGGUUCCACUCUUGAGCUCCUUCAGAGGUGUUUCUUCAACAUCAAUCCUGAGAGGGGCACAAAAGUCGAAACAAAGAAGAAUAAGAAGCAGCUGUCAGUAAACCCAAGAGUCCUCACCUUCAUCGCUGACCUCGCUGAUCAUGAAUGGAGAGAGACCAAUUAAACUGUGAGAUUUUGUACAAAUAAUUUUGUUAACACAAUGCAACACUUUAGUUGCAUAUUUAGUUCAAUUUAAGUUUAAGUGAGUUAAAAGUAAACUGACACUGUACAUUUAAGUUUUUGAUAUUACAUUUAAAAGGGUAAGUCCGUGUGUGCCAAAUGUGUUAAAACCCCACCAUAUGUUUUAAUGCCAAAACGUCAGGCUUUAAGUUGCUUAUUUUUGUCAUUCUCAGACGACAAAGUUUGAUUGACUAUUUCAGUUUGUGUGUUUGUGAUGCAAACAGUUUGUGAUGCAAAUGUAAGAUCACUUUUCUGUAGACACUCUAGUCUAGUCUAGUCUUCAGGCUGUAACCAAGAUUUAAUAAAGAGGUAUUAAUAUUAA